AUGACUUCACCCCCAGGCUUAGACCAGGCUAUGUUACAACAUGACUUCACCCCAGGCUUAGACCAGGCUAUGUUACAACAUGACUUCACCCCAGGCUUAGACCAGGAUAUGUUACAACAUGACUUCACCCCAGGCUUAGACCAGGCUACAUUACAACAUGACUUCACCCCCAGGCUUAGACCAGGCUACGUUACAACAUGACUUCACCCCAGGCUUAGACCAGGCUACGUUACAACAUGACUUCACCCCAGGCUUAGACCAGGCUACGUUACAACAUGACUUCACCCCAGGCUUAAGACCAGCUACGUUACCAACAUGCCUUUCACCCCAGGCUUAGACCAGGCUACAUUACAACAUGACUUCACCCCAGGCUUAGACCAGGCUAUGUUACAACAUGACUUCACCCCAGGCUUAGACCAGGCUACAUUACAACAUGGACUUCACCCAAGGCUUAGACCAGGCUACGUUACAAACAUGACUUCACCCCAGGCUUAG